CUAUCUACUACUAUAUUUAUUUGUUGAUUAAUUACUGUAGCACGCUUAAUCAUAUCAUCAGUUGCUUUAAUUUUUCCGAUUCAAAAGAUAGUUAACAUGUCACCCCACCACCUUUACAAAAACAAAAACAUCCCUUGGGCUUUGUUUCGAUUCCUAGCUAGCCCCUGAUGGUUCAUGAUGUUCUCCAAGUCAAGCAUCACAGACUCACAGUUUCAUAGUCGGUAGGGUCCAUAAUUACAUCAUGGCCAUCAAUCACGUAUCGACCCCACACACCAUGAUAUCUCUAGGUAGCACCACUGCAACUUAUAUUAUUAUUAUUAUUAUUCCCUAAUAAAGGAUAGGAAUUAGCAAACAAAAAAGAAAAAGAAGAGAAAAUGAGAGUGGCUUAUAUGUCAAACUCCUUCUGCUUCAAGCCUACUUCCAUAUACCAUCUUUUUCUUUUCCCGCUCUUUAAUCAUCCCCGUUAACUAUUCAUUAGUAAUAUAAAUCAGUGUUUGCUCCAACAACACUGAUAUAAGAGUAGUAGUCAAUGAUUUGUGGCUACUUUUCCAACCAAAAUCUGCUUCUGCCUCUGCCUCUGCCUCAAACAUUGUAAAAAAACACACACAUCUUAUGGCUGAGAUGGAAACCAUAAAGCCAAAAUCAGCAUUGAAGAGCAAGAGAUUCGCCAAGACAUUCCAGAAAGUAAUUAGCCUCAGAAGCAGCGCAACAAAAAUCGCUUCAAGCAAUGGAAUCUGCAUCCUCAACCCUAACAACAUCAAAGACAACAAAGGAGCUCGGAACAGGGCAGUUAUGGAGGCGCUGGUGGCGAGGCUCUUCGCAGGAGUGACUACCAUUAAAGCAGCAUACGCAGAGCUUCAAAUGGCUCAGCACCCUUACAACAACGAUUCAAUACAAGCCGCUGACCAAGCCGUUGUGGAUGAACUCAGAGCCAUCUCAGAACUCAAACGCAGCUUCAUCAAAAGAGACUUGGAUCUCUCUCCACAAAUCACCAUCAUGCUCGCAGAGGUUCAAGAACAACAGAGCCUCAUGAAGACCUACGAGAUCACCAUCAAGAAGCUCCAAGCUGAGGUUGACAACAAAGAACGCAACAUCUCAUCGCUCAAGAAACACCUCCACGACUGCGUUUCCUUCAACAAAUCCUUAGAGAAGAAGCUCAACUCCAGCGGCUCCUUCUCCAUCUUCGACAACCUUAAACUCUCCGCGCUCAACCCAACGCAUUUCGUCCACUUUCUUCACCACGCGUUGAGAUCUAUAAGGAGCUUCGUCAAGAUGAUGAUAAGGGAAAUGGAGAACGCUCAUUGGGACCUCGAAGCAGCCGUCAAUUUCAUCCAUCCAAACGCGCUCUUCACGAAACCAAGCCACAAGUGCUUCGCCUUUGAGUCCUUCGUUUCCAUAACAAUCUUCGAAGGCUUCAACUACCCAAACUUCAAUGUCCAAAACGACCAAACCGUUCGCCACCACAACAAAAACCAGAGCCUCUACUUUGAAAAGUUCAAGAAGCUGAAAUCACUGAACCCGAAGCAGUACCUAACCCACAACCCGAACUCUUCCUUCGCGAAGUUCUUAAAAGCGAAGUACCUGCAAGUGGUUCAUGCGAAGAUGGAGUGUUCCUUGUUCGGGAACCUGAACCAGAGGAAGAUGGUGAACUCAGGAGGGUACCCUGAGUCUCCCUUCUUCACGGCGUUCGCUGAGAUGGCGUGGCGCGUGUGGAGCUUGCAGUGUUUGGCGUUGUCGUUCGAGGAAGAGGUGAGCAUCUUCCAGGUGAAGAAGAACGCGAGAUUCUCUGAGGUGUACAUGGAAUGCGUGACGGAGGAUGCAGUUUCAGGUUCUUGUUCUUCAGGGGAAUCAUGUGAUGAUUCAGAUUCAGGGGAGCUUAGGGUGGGGUUCACGGUGGUGCCGGGGUUCAAGAUGGGUAAAACCGUCAUUCAGAGUCAGGUUUACGUGUCUCUGGUCGGUUCUUCUUCUCCGGCGACUUUCUGAUAGAUAUAAUAUAAUAUACUCAUUAUGAAAUAUGAAUUAGCUGUUAGUUAUGUAUCAAAUAAACAUAUACAGAUUUUAAUUAGAAAGCUGCAACAGUGUUUUGUGUAAUUGUAUGUACAAUUUUUUUCCCCUUGUCUGAUUAGGUCCUCGUUGUACAUUAAUUAAGAUGGAGAAUUGGAGAUUAGGAUUCUACAUAGAUUUGGUAGAUAAUAGACCUUUUUGGACCCAUCUCUGUGUUGUACUCUUUUAUUUACUCUUAUUGUUACCUAGAUUAUUUUUUUAUUUGUAUU